AUGCUUCUGCUAGUGCAUCUGGUCGUUAAGCCUAUUCCCUUCCUCUCUCUUCUUGCCCAUUGUUGCUCACUUCUUGUCGUUUCCCCGUUCUCCUCCUUUCUCUCCUCUCCGUCUUUCCCGCUUACCUUUGCCUUCCCCAUUCCCCCGUUCCCCGUUCCUCCCCAUUCGUCUCCCUCCCUCCUCCCCAUCCACACUUGCCCUCUCUUCUUCCCGUCCCUUCUUCCCCCAAUUCCCCUGUUCCCACAGUCACCCACCAACGACGCGCUCCUGCUGAUGCGAGUGGUCGUGUCAGAAAACGUGUCCAACGACAUUGCUACAGUGCUCGACCUCUACAGUCAAGUCUCGCUACAGUCACUCUCAGAGGCGCUAGGCGGGCCUGCAGUUGCGCCCCUCCCCAAUCCGCCCCUCCCCAGCUCCAACCUCUCCGAGGCUCUCCAAGUGAGCACCGCCCCCCAGGUGAGCACUGCCCCCCAGCGCAUGACUCUCAUAGGAGAGGGCCUUCAGCGGGACCCACCCGUCAAUAACAGCGCCAACAACCGCGUCGUUCGCAUGCUCGCCUCCAUCAACGUCACUCAGCAGUACGGAUUCGACCCCUACAGCGUGACACAGCAGCAGGCAGCAGCGCUGGAUGCAGCAAGAGUGGUUACGGACCAGGCACUGAGCACUGCCAACCAAAUCAUUCAGAUCAACGAAUCGCUCAUUCAGUCGUGA